UUUGUCAUAAAUUUCGCAUAAAUAUCUCAACUGAGUUGAAUUUAUAGUCUGUUGUUUUUCCUUUCUCCUUGUGUGGAUAUAAUGGACGUUUAAAAUAAGGGAGAGCGGGGUUGGUUGGCAGUGUUUUCACUCUGCUGUAGCCUGUAUCUCACACAUCCCAUAUACAUUCAUGUGAAGAAAAUAAGUGCACCCCAUGGAAACUGUUGAUUUUUUUUUUUUUUUGUCAUAUUUGGACAAGCAAACAUCUGAUCGUCUUUGAAACCGUGCCUGUUAAUGAAGUUGAUAUACUUGAACAAAACCACAAGGAAAAUGAGAUUUUCUCAUGAGCUCGACUUAAUUUUCUCGUGAUCUCGACAUAACAAAACGCUGUUUUCUCACAACGUAAUUAAUAUCCUGAGAAAAUCUUGCGCUUUGUGAUUGGGACUGGUAUUACAUGCAUGCUGGCAUCUUCGUCAUCAUAAAUGUAAAAACUGCCUGAUGUAGAGAUGGACUUGAUCUCCGCAUUAAGAGAGAGGGGUGUGUGUGUGUGUCCUUAUCAAUUGUCGGACGCUAAUGUGGAAGUCGUCAGUCCUGCAGGGAUGAGGUAUUUUUGGAGGCCACCCCAGAAAUUAGCAUCACCCUGGUUGACUCGACAAAAAGCCAAUUUGAUUUUUCCAUUAGCUUUUGAAUUAUUGCAGAAAAUAAGCUCUGUAAACAACACAAGUUUAUGAUUCUUACAUGUUUAAUUCAUCAAGAUAAGAUUCAUAGGAUUUUGAAGCCUAGAUACAAUCGCCAGAAGUAAAAGGCUAAUGUUAGGCUAUGAAAGAACUACACCAUGGUCACAUGACUUCAACCUCACCACCACUACACUUCAGACAACUCUUUCAAGCUUUAUUUAAAAAAAAACAAUACAAUUGGAAAAUACUAUCAAUUGAUAGCUCUACAAGUUGGAAAGUUUGCGCCAAUAUAAACACAACGAGGCUGUAGUAGAUGAGAUUUCCUGUUCGGUGUGAUGACAUUUAAUGUCCCUGUCAAACUCUGUAGUCCCAUUUAGCCACUUGUUAGCAACCGCCUUUUUCAAGACAAGUAAAAGCUUUUUAAAAAAUCGUGAGUCGGGUAUUACUGAUGUAUUUUAUGUCGUACUAUAAAAUGUGAACAUAUCUUGAGCUUGUGUUAAUCAGAGACCUUAUUUCAGACAUUUAACCAAAAAACCCAUUCAAAAACCCAUUUGACUUCGGGAUGAUGGAUGUCCAGUGCACAGGAAAAUUAAGUCAAGAUCACGAGAAAACAACAGAAUUAAAAAAAAAAAAUUAUAAUGCAUGGCCGCUUAGGGCUUCCGUAGUUCUGACUUUUAAAUUCUGAGUUUAAAAAUAAAAACAAGCAAACAAACAUACAAAUAAAUACUGAUGUCCCAUACAGGGUGUAUUUCCACCUCACACUUGGUGUUUCCAAAAUAGGCUCCAGCUUCACUGUGACCCUGACCAGGAUAGAGCAGUUAUUAAUAAAGAAACAAACAACAAAUAAUUAAUUAAAUAAGAUUUGUCCUGCUGUCCUGAACAUAGCCACACUGGUCCAUAAAUCCCAUGUCAAAGGAAGCAUAUUCUUAGAAAUUGGAAAUUUCUUUGAAAUCUGAAAAUGUAAUAAACAAUUGGUAAAAUGUUCAAUGUCUUUGUGUUUACAAAUCUCUGAACAGCUUCUCCAUGUCCAUAUUCUCCAGUUCACAUACCAGCAACACCAAGCUGCCACUGCUGGGCCCUUGAGCAAGGCCCUUAACCCUCAAUUGCUCAGUUGUAUAAAAAAAAGAGAUAAUCGUAAGUCGCUCUGGAUAAGGGUGUCUUCCAAAUGCCAUAAAUGUAAAUGUAAAUUGACAAGUCUAUGUAAUAAGUGAUCUAACCGGUUGUUGGAGUUUCAUUUCUCUUCUGUUGGUACCUGCUCUGUUUCAGUGUCAAGCCUUGGUGAGACAGAAUUGGACACAUUUCAGGAAGACGACUACACAGCAGUUCCUUAACAAAUGAAUGCUUCAGGAAAACAUUACGAGUGGCAGCUGUGUUCUGGGCAGCAAUGGUCCCCGAUAGCAAACGAUCAUGUAAUCGAGUGUAACUACUGCCAGCCAGGAGCAAGAGGGAUCACCAUUAAUACUCACAUGGGGUCUCUUUACAUCGACUUUGAUGCCAUGACAUUAAGGGGCCCUUCUGCUGACCUCGCUGUACGGCGACUAUCGUCACUGUCUUACAACCAGAUAGAAGAUGUGGGCUGGUAUUACAAAGACAACAGUUACUGGUGUGAAUAUGGGGUACAGGGAUCGAGUCACAGCACGUCGUCGAUAAGCAGUCGGGACUUAGAGCAGCAGUAUAACUCCAACCCUACAUGUUCCUUCCAGUUUAAAGCAGGAAAAUAUUCCUACGUUGUGAACUUCUCUGACAUGAUGCAAAUGAACCUGUCCACUCAUAAACAGAGGAAAGUGAGGAGGAGGCCAAAGUUUACCUCUGUAAAUAACAGUCUGAACACUUUUGAACCAUUUACAUCCACCAUGAUUCCAUUUCCAUCAGCUACACCUUCUGUGAAUCCAUCCACUGCGGUUACCUGGCAGUUUAUGGGUGAUGAAGGCAUCUGGACAGAGUAUCAGAAACCACGUUCCUCUCUGAACAGUAUGGAUAUAGAGAGACAGUAUCAGAGUAAUCCUCAGAGCCAGCUUGUUUUCAACGCUGGGUACUACAGUUACACUCUCUUUUUUAAUGGAAUGUACCAGAUCAACAACACUUUUAAGACAAAAAGAGCUAUCCGGAGAAUCUCUGCAAAUGAGAACAUUAGCAGUACUCUGUGCCAAGCUCGCUGGCAGUUUAAAGACAUCAAGGGCCGCUGGGCAGACUUUAUUAAAGGCGAAGGGCGUGGAGAAUGUACCGUCUCUAGUCAAGACAUUGAAAUGCAGUACCAGCAGAACAGAGAAGGAGUUAUAAGUUACAGCACGGGGCAGUUCUACUACCGCCUCAACUUCUCAGAAAUGAUCCAAACAAACUUGUCCACUGGUACGAGGAGGCCGGUCCGUCGUGUCUAGCGUUUCUCAGGAUGUUUAUUAAUUUAAAAAAAAAAAAAACUUUAGUAAUCAUCUGUUCCAUCCCAACUGUUGUUCUGUAUAUCUGGAGUCCUGGCAAUUUUACUGCCUGAAAAAAAAACCUCAUCGGUUUAUAACCAGGUUUAGAUGGUUUGCUAGAGUAGGAAAAUGAUCAAGCUGUGCAUUAAAUAGGACCGGAACUGUGCAUUUUGAACUAAAGAUUGAAGAUGGGUAUCCCUGGGCGGGUGUAGGACUGUGUUUUCGUUGAAUUUAUUGGUGAUUUAGUUUUCCCAGACAUCCAGUCCCCUAUUACCACUAAGUAGACUUCCUUUCUUUUCUUUAUCCCGUGGUUGCAGGAAAGAGGGUAAUUUGUGUACGUUUAUUCGACGGUGGUUAUUAGCCAAGAUCACUGCCAUUUUUGUCAUGGAAUUUUGAAGAAAAUUGUCUGUAAAUACUCAAAUGCCAAAAUGUAUCAUGCACUUUCAUUAAACUUUAUGUAAACAAGAAA